CUGACUCAGGCUCGGGACAGAAGAGCACAGCUAGGCUGGAGGUGGAGGGAGGAAGUGCCCAAGAGGGUGAUGACAUCACCGCCCAGCCCUUGAAAGAUGAGCUGUUCCCGCUGCCACUCCAGCUCUAGCUUCUCCGUCUGUGGAGGGGUGGGGACAUCAGGCAGACCUGCUCAACCACCGAGGGAACCACUGAAGAGCACACGAGGCUUGCUCCGGACAAGGCCCAGUGGGGCCUCACUCAGAUCCUGCUCUGAGUUCAAAUGUUUCCCAUCUGGAAGAUACCCAUGUUCCUCCCUGUUCAUGAGGAUUCCGUGCCCACAACAGCCUCUUUCAGUGCUGACAUGCUCAACCUCACCUCACAAGUGUCUGCGCUUAACGAGAGCCUUUCCCCAAGCAACAGCUGCAUCCAGGCCGAAUGGUUUAGCUGGAUCAACACCAUCCAGGCUCCCUUCCUCUGGGUCAUAUUUGUGCUGGCCGCCCUCGAGAACAUCUUUGUGCUCAGUGUCUUCUGCCUACACAAGAGCAGCUGCUCGGUGGCCGAGAUCUACCUGGGGAACCUGGCUCUGGCUGACCUGAUCUUGGCCCUCGGGCUGCCCUUCUGGGCCAUCACCAUCGCCAACAACUUUGACUGGCUCUUUGGGGAAGUGCUGUGCCGUGUGGUGAACACCAUGAUCUACAUGAAUCUGUACAGCAGCAUCUGUUUCCUGAUGCUGGUGAGCAUCGACCGCUACCUGGCCCUGGUGAAAACCAUGUCCAUGGGCCGGAUGCGUGGGGUGCGCUGGGCCAAACUCUAUAGCCUGGUGAUCUGGGGGUGCACACUUCUCCUGAGCUCGCCCAUGUUGGUGUUCCGCACCCUGAAAGAGUACACAGACGAGGGCUACAACGUCACUGCCUGUGCCAUUAAGUACCCAUCCCGCACCUGGGAGGUGUUCACCAACGUCCUCCUGAACUCCGUGGGCUUCCUGCUGCCUCUGAGUGUAAUCACCUUCUGCACGGUACAGAUCAUGCGGGUUCUGCGCAACAACGAGAUGCAGAAGUUCAAGGAGAUCCAGACAGAGAGGAGGGCCAUGGCGCUGGUGCUGGCCGUGCUGCUGCUGUUCGUCAUUUGCUGGCUGCCGUUCCAGAUCAGCACCUUCCUGGACACACUGCUGCGCCUCCAGGUCCUCUCCAGCUGCUGGGACGAGCACAUCAUCGACAUCAUCACACAGAUCAGCUCCUUUGCGGCCUACCUCAACAGCUGCCUCAACCCGCUGGUGUACGUGAUCGUGGGCAAGCGCUUCCGGAAGAAGUCUCGAGAGGUGUACUGGUCAUUGUGGAUGGCAUCUUGGACUCCCCUGGAGCUCCAGUCCUCCAACCAGAGCCAGCUCUCACCUCUCAAUGCUACAUCUUGUGACAAUGCUCUGGAAGACUGGGACCUGCUGUACAGAGUGCUACCAGUAGUUAUCAUCAUCAUCUGCUUCUUUGGUCUCCUGGGAAACCUUUUUGUCCUGUCCAUAUUCCUCCUACCCAGGCGGCGACUGAAUGUAGCAGAAAUCUACCUGGCCAAUCUGGCAGCUUCUGAUCUGGUGUUUGUCUUGGGCUUGCCUUUCUGGGCAAAGAAUAUCUGGAACCAAUUCAACUGGCCUUUUGGAGCCCUCCUCUGCCGUGUUGUCAAUGGGGUCAUCAAGGCCAAUUUGUUCAUUAGCAUCUUCCUCGUAGUGGCCAUCAGCCAGGACCGCUACCGUGCACUGGUGCACCCCAUGGCCAGCUGGAGGUGGCGGAGGCGGAGGCAGGCACAGGCCAUCUGCAUGCUCAUCUGGGCUCUGGGGGGGCUCUUGAGCACCCCCACUUUCCUGCUGCGGUCCAUCCAAGUUGUGCCAGAUCUGAAUAUCUCUGCCUGCAUCCUGCAUUUUCCCCAUGAGGCCUGGCACUUGGUGAGGAUGGUGGAGUUGAAUGUGCUGGGUUUCCUCCUACCUCUGACUGCCAUCAUCUUCUUCAACUAUCACAUCCUGGCCUCCCUGCAAAGGAGGGAGGAGUUCAGCAGGACACAGAGUGUGGUUCCCAGGGAUGGCAAGACCACAGCACUGAUCCUCACACUGGUGGCUGCCUUCCUGCUCUGUUGGGCCCCCUACCACUUCUUCGCCUUCUUGGAAUUCCUGAACCAGGUGCAAGCCAUCAGAGGCUGCUUCUGGGAGGAGUUCAUUGACUUGGGCCUGCAGUUGGCCAACUUCUUUGCUUUCAUCAACAGCUGCCUGAAUCCGGUGAUUUAUGUCUUUGUGGGUCGGCUUUUCAGGACCAGGGCCUGGGAACUUUACAAACAAUGCGCCCCUAGAAGUCUUGCUCCAAUGUCCUCGUCCCAUAGGAAAGAAAUCCUCCAGAUUUUCUGGCAGAAUUAAAACAGCAAUAAACCAAAA